AUGAUUAAACAUAAUAAUGAAAGUAGAAUAUCAAUAGAUGGUCAAUAUAUAUGUCAUCCAUCGAAUCAAUCUUGUUCAUUUAUUUAUCAAUUACCUGAUGUUAUUUUACAACGUAAACGUGAUCGAAAAAUGCCAUAUGCAGAAACAUUUAAUGGUAUUAUACUUUUUGCUGAUGUAUCAGGUUUUACAGAAAUGUGUCAAAAAUAUAGUAGUGAUGUUCAACGUGGAGUUAAUCAAUUAGCUAAUGCACUUAAUGGUUAUAUGGCACCAAUUGUUGAAGCUAUAUUAAGAGAAAAAGGAGAUGUUUAUAAAUUUGCUGGUGAUGCUGUACUUGGUUUAUGGCCAUUUGAAAAUAAUUCUAUUGAACAUAAACGUGAACAAGCAAAAAGAGUUAUAUCGUGUGCUUUAUAUAUGAAAAAAUCAUUUUGUGAUUAUGUGACAUCAAUUGGAACUGUUUUAAAUAUUAAAAGUGCUAUUGCAAUGGGCUCUUAUUCGAUAAUAUUUCUUCGUGGAACUACUUCCAUGUGUUCAAAACUGCUUGAUGAAUAUGGAUUAAAAAUACAAUCAUCAAUAAAAAAAAUAAAUUCUUAUUCUGAAACUACGAAAAAAAUAAAUUCUGGAAAAUAUCAAUCGACAAAUUAUAUAACUAAAACAGGAUUAACUGAAGAAAUGAUCGAACAUUGUCGAAAUAAUCUUGUUAAUUAUUAUGUUUGUUAUGGUAGUGCUGUUGUUAGUGUUAGAAAUGCUGAGCAUGAAUGUAAAUCUCAAGAUAUUAUUGUGGAUAUGGCUACAUGGCUACUUCUUGAUUCGGAUUCAGUAAGAAAAAAAAAACAAAAAUUUCAAUUAGAAUAA